UGCACAUGCCCAGAGGCUCCCAGGCCACCGAGCCAGGCCUCUGAGAAGAGGGUGCCCCCUCCACCGCCUGUUAUUCCUCCCGGCUGCCCUGUCCUGCUUCCCAGUUCCCUGCACGAGCAUUUUGGGUCUGUGUGGCGGCGUUAAACCAGGCUUCCCCUGCCAAACAGGUUGGACUGCGGCCCCAUCCUCCCCAGCCAGCGUGGCCGACGUCCAGCACCCCGAAAGCCGCCCCAAAGCCAGCCGGGGGCUGCCCCGGCCUCUUGCAGCGCGUCCCACCCCGCAAAGGCCUCCCACGCCUGCAGUUGUCCAGAGGCGCCGCUUGGCUGCGGUUGCCGAGCAACCAGAUCCUGCACGGCUGCGGGAUCCCUCUGAGCAGCUGACACUUCGCGGUCCUUGCUCUGUGCUGCCCCAACUCUUGAAGAAGACCAGAAUGACAGCCUCUGGUGGAAGCCGCUGGGAAUGGGAGCCGGUGGUUCGCAGCGACCUCGUAGCUCGUGGCUUCCAUUCAUGCAACGUGGUGCAAGGAAAGCUCCUGAUCUUUGGGGGGCUGAAGGUGCAGGAGACUCAGGAGCCACCACUUGGAGAUGUGGUGGCCUUUGACCCAGCCGCCCAGACCGUCCGCACACUUGCUUCUGAAUGCGGGUACCGCCGCAGCCACCAUGAGGCCGUGGUGCUGGGCGACCGCUUUCUAUGCGUGGUGGGUGGUUGGGAUGGCUCCCGCAGGGUCUCAGAUGUGUCCUGCUUUGACGCUGAGCAGAAGCAGUGGGAGCGCUGGACCGCGAGGCCAUCCAAUGAGACCCCCGUGGGGCUGAGCAGCCAUACCUGCACCAAGCUGACGGAGCAUGAAUUGCUGGUGGUGGGCCGUGAGGGUGGCCUACAUACCCAGCGGCGCUAUGCCAGCGUCUUCACAUUGCACGUCCAUCCUGGCAGCAAGACCUAUUGGUACAAAGAAGAGGCAUCGCGGACGGCGUCACGGGCUGGCCAUUCUGCCAUGCUGAUGCCGGACUACGGCCCACACGGGAAGAGCAGCGGCUACAAACUCCUGGUCUUUGGAGGGCGUGAUUCUGCUGACUGCGAUGUGGCCGGGCACUGGGGGAAAGGGAAGAUCCACGUAGAGCCUACCCAGGCUCCAGAGCUGACGGAGCACCUGUCUCGCUUGAUCGGCACUGAAAAGGGAUCCCGGCAGGCCCCCAAAGGCCUGAGGCACCAUUCCUGCACGGUGGUCGGGCCUUUCGCAGUCAUCUUUGGAGGAGAGACCUUGGCAAGGGGCCGAGAUGCCAUCUGCAAUGAUCUUUACAUCUAUGACACCAGGGCUUCACCAGCAAACUGGUUUCACUUUCCUUCUUCCAGCCAGGCCCAGAAGAGAUGUGGGCACCGAACUUGCUUCUGGAAUGACAAGCUAUACCUGGUUGGUGGGUUUGGAGCGGAUGGCAAGACGCCUUGUCCAGAGAUCUGUACCUUAAAGAUCUCACCAUGAAACUGAAAAUGUUGCUGACCAGCUGGAAUGACCAAAUGGUUGCCCCAACACUCCUGAAGAAUCUCUUCUUUUAGCAGUGGAAAGUUGGCCCAGUCAGACGAACUACAUGCACCCCUCAAGCAUGUCAGAAAGAUGUCAGUUGUCCUUCUGCAUGGGAAUAGGCACCUGGCGCAAACUGAAAACGCCAGGAAGAGAUCAGC